CAUGUAACCUAGAAUUGGCAAGUCAGCAUCGAACUAGUUCCACUUGGGACCCUCGUCUUCUCAUGCCUCGACACCCACCACCAGUCAGAGAACGUUCAUCUCCCGCUAAGAAACCUUGUCUUUCGCCAGCUCAUCACAAGCGCCCCACGCCUGAUGUCCGCCCGAAAUCCCCAAUUGGUCCCGCUAGCCCUACCCAUGCUACCUCAGGGUUUCGUGCCCAACUUGCACAUCUCUUGCCUCGCCAUGCUAUAUUUCUCUUGCGCCUUACAAUACAUCAGCUCAGCAGCGUCCCCUUCGUCCAUGGAGAAUUCGAAGUACGCUGGAAGCUCAAGGGGGUCACCUCUGGCGGUGGUCUGUUGGGCAAGGUGAAGAGCAAUCGCAAGGGCAAGGUAAACGGAAUCUCUGCUUCCGCUAAAGGGAAAGAGAAGGAAAAGCUUCACGAAAGCGAAAUUGACCUACCCACCCCCGACGCCGAUGUCCAAAGCAUCGCCAACUCAACCUCAUCCCAUUCACACGAACUAUCCAUCCCCUCGGUCAUAGUAUCCUCAAACACACCCACAUCCCUUGGUCCAACCUCAGAUACGCGCACCACGACUAGUUCAUCAUCUCGUCCUCAACACGUACCCCCGCAAUACCUUUCCGCUGACUGGUUACCACAAUCUACCCCACCAGACCCUUCCCCUUCUCUUGCUAAAUCACCUCCGAAUGCAUAUUCCCCCGCCAAAGGCCACACUAUGUUCGAACAGCUAAAGGAACACAGCGUGGUGUGGGAGCAGACCCUUGAUGUUAUGGUGCAGAUGGGUAUUACCAGGGAAACUAACGAGCUCGGAGGUUGUGAGGCCAAAUUUGUCGUCAUGCAGCGAGUUAUUCCAGGCGAUCCGGAUGCACCCCGAAAUCCUAGGCUUGGCGCUGUCAGCUUAAAUCUCGCUCAAUACGUAGACGCUGGAGUCGUCACUCGCCGUUAUUUGCUUAGGCAGAGCAAGACUAAUGCUACCCUCAAGCUCACCGUUCAACUAGAACACAUCGGCGGCGAAUCAUUUUACAUCGCCCCACCUCUCCCUAAAGGAGAGAUUUUAAGCGGGGUAGCCGGUCUACUCGACAACGACAUCUUCCGAACACGACCACGCACUCUCGACCUCUACGCAAACGAAAACUCAUCCUCCUCCUCUGUAUCUACCAUCUCGACCCACUCUUCCGGAAAACCCGGCCCCAAACGGAAAAAGAACCCGUUGGACGCGAGCCAACUCCCCAACACUCGUGGUAUCCGCGGGACAGAGAAGCUCAUCGAAGCGCUGUUUAAUCCUGUACCUGUCACAUCUCCAGGACAACUCACCCCCUUCACAUAUCUCCACGAGCCUUCUGCACAGUUGCAUGACCACUUUCGAGAACCCAUCACAGAAGAUGGGUACGUCCAAGUUUACGGGGAGGGCGAGGAUGAAACAAGACUCGCAGACGAAUCUCUAUAUUCGAAUUCGACUUCCGUGGACCUGAACCACCCUAUUCCAGCGCGCUUGGACUUGGAGAGCGAUUAUCAGAGUGUGCAUUCGAAAUGGACUGGCUCGUUACGUGCGCCAUCUGUUAAGAGUAUGGCUGCGAGUCGAUCAGGGGUUAAUCGUGAUGAUGGAGUGGGAGUGAGCACUGCUGUGUCCAAUAUGACUAUUAUGGAGAAGCGCACGUGGUGGCGGAAGGUGUUCCGUGCGGGGGCUGCAUCAUGAUCGUAAAGGUCUUUCUUUUUCCUACGUCUUCUCCGUUUUUUCCUUGCUUUUCUUGUUAUUUGUUAUACAGGUUUUCGAUUUCGUUAUUGCACUGCACUGCUCUGGGACUAUUCAGGUAAUAAUCUGGUUUUCGUUUAUAUCUAUAGCCACAUCACGCUCCUACUUUAUCGUUCUAUUCGUUCAUCUUUCACUACAUAAAUCGCACGGUAUGGUAUAUAACCAUGCCUUAGUAGAUUAUUUAUGCGAUAGGGUGCUGGCCGCUU